UCAUCAGUACAAUCAUAAAAGUAGCAACAAAUGAUCUUUGCAACCCUUUGUCUUAAUCUACAAUCAGUUCAUAUUCCGGAAAAUGAGAAUCUAAAUUUAUUUUCUUGGGUAGGAAGGAAAGAAGUUUCCUUGCUUGAUCAUGCUAUUGUUUGGUGAUUUUACAUCACCAAAGGUCAACAUCUUUGACCAAAUGAAUGGGCGAGGAUGCCUUCGUAUCCUAGGUGUUGCUCCAGAAAGUCAAGUCCUCUAGCCUGUCCUCCAACCACUACUGAUAAAACUUUCAGCUUUCUUAGCGGCAAUCGGUUUGUUUCGAGUGAAUGGCCAUAGAAAGUGAGCGAGAGAGGGGCACGGAGGAGGAUUAUACCCGCAUUAUGUUGAAGCAGAAGCUAAAGUUCUUUGAUAUUUUCAAACAAGCUCUAACAAUUCCGUGCACAACUCCUGGAGUUCCUCAACAUAAUCGUAGUUGUUCCUUUGGCGUCAAUGAUAUAUACCGCGGAGAAACCAGUCAGCUUCAGAGAUAUGAUGGAUUUCUCACCAACUGCUAUAUUAUGGUGAGGAGCUUUGAUUAUCACGCAUACGUUGACGUUUUGCUAACCAUCGUUCGGGGAGUUGGUUUUACAAUUCUGUUGGUUAAGUUGUUAGAGUGGAGUGCUGGAUGGAACAUGGCUUUAGUAAUUUCGAUAUUGGAGGAGAAAUAUGGGAUUGAAGCAUUGGAGUGGGCCGCAUAUAUGAACAGGGAUUGUAGCCAGCGAGGACUAAUUUUGAUGCUUGUUUUCUUUGCGUGGGGACUUACCAUUAGGCUGUCCUGCAUCUUUUACGGAUGCAGUGAUGAACUUGCAACUGGAAGCGUUUUGUUCACUUCUAUAUACACUUGCUUGAUUUGUUUAGGAAAUGCGAUGAAGUGGGUAAUUUGUGUUGUAUAUUUCUUUGAUUGCAAGAAGGGAAUUUCAGAAAAGAAAGUUGAUGAUGAGGAAGUAGGAAGAGAUGUUAAACUUGUCGAUCAUUGACAGAACUGAAGCAGUAUGUACUUAAAUCUUGUGCAAGAGUUGACACUGGAUAUUCGUUGUUCCCCGUUUAGAUCAGUUAAAUGAUUGAGCAUUUUGGGAAUAUUAACAUUGUCAAGUUGCUUUUGGAAAUGAAUAAUGUUAGGAGUCAUAAUUUCAUUAUGAUUGUAACUUAUCAGCUUAAUUUUUUAGUUUGAAUGAUGGGUUGUUGAGCACCUUAAUUAAUCUCAACUUGAAUUCUGUGUGCG